UUCUUCUUUAAAAAAAAAAAAAAAAGAAAGAAAGAAAGAAAGAAAAGAAAAGGUUUUACACACGCACCACUUGAGUCCCCCAAAGGCCGGGCAGACCCUGGGCUGGGAGAGUGGAAGGCCUGGGGCGAGGGGGAUGGGCGCGAGGAGAGGGUGGGGUGACCAGGUGGAAGGGCAGAGCCGGCGGAGGGAUCGGAGUCGCUGCGAGCUGCGCCAGGGGCAGGUGCCAGCGCAGAGCGGGCGGAGGUGCCGGCGCCCGGCCAGGCGGGGGAGGCCGGCGCUCCCUCCGCCUCUAGGAGUCGGGCGCGCAGACCAGCUCGCCCGUUGGAGCCGGGCGCACGGGCGUCCCCGCCGCCGGCAGAAGGAGCCGCGGGAGCAGUCGCAGCCGCCGCCGGCGACAGCAUCCUCUGGAGAGACGCCCCCGGCUCCGCGGUCGCCUGGCUCCUCCUAGAGGCGAGCGCGCCGCCCGCGCCCCGCCGUCCGCCCGUCCGCGGGGACAGCCACGCCGGCGCCCGCGGCCCUUCACCUGCCGCGCGCUCCUGGGCGGGCGGGUGCGGGGAGAGAAGGGGCGAGACACAGUGACCCGGGAGGCACCAUCCCCUGGUCUCCACUCCGCGCAGAGAAGGAACGCCCGCCGACACCGCGAGACCCCGCGGUCCCCGCGCCCAGCUCUCAAGUUCAAGGGCGACGCCCCUCACCAGCGGAGUUACCCCGCGCGGCGAGCUCGCCGGCCCCAUCGACCCCGACCGGCCCUCUGCGCCCAGCGCCCCUCCCGGUCCCCGGAGCCGCCCGCGCGCCCGGCGGGGCCAUGCCCGGGCUGCGCCGGGACCGCCUGCUGACCCUGCUGCUGCUGGGCGCGCUGCUCUCCGCCGACCUCUACUUUCACCUGUGGCCCCAGGUGCAGCGCCAGCUGCGGCCCCGCGAGCGCCCGCGGAGCUGCCCGUGCGCGCGCCGCGCCCCGGCCCCGGCCCCCGCCUCGGCCCCCCGCACGGCCGCGCACAACUUCUCCCGAGCCCGGCCGGGGCCAGAGCGGGACCGCGGAGGCCGCAGUGGCCCCGGCUCCAAGCUGCAGGCCCUCUUCGCCCACCCGCUGUACAACGUCCCGGAGGAGCCGCCGGUCCUCGGGCCGGAAGACUUGCUCCUGGCCGGCCAGGAGGCGCUGCGCUAUUACCGGAGGAAGGUGGCCCGCUGGAACAGACGACACAAGAUAUACAGAGAGCAGCUGAACCUCACUUCCCUGGACCCCCCAGUGCAGCUCCAACUCGAGGCCAGCUGGCUCCAGUUCCACCUGGGAAUCAGCCGCCACGGGCUGUACCCCCGGUCCAGUCCUGUCGUCAGCAAACUGCUCCGCGACAUGAGGCACUUUCCCACCAUCAGUGCUGAUUACAGUCAGGACGAGAAAGCCUUGCUUGGGGCGUGUGACUGCACCCAGAUUGUGAAGCCCAGUGGGGUCCACCUCAAGCUGGUUCUGAGGUUCUCGGACUUCGGGAAGGCCAUGUUCAAACCCAUGAGACAGCAGCGAGAGGAAGAGACGCCCGCCGACUUCUUCUACUUCAUUGACUUCCAGAGACACAAUGCCGAGAUUGCAGCUUUCCACCUGGACAGGAUCCUGGACUUCCGACGGGUGCCACCAACAGUGGGGAGGCUAGUCAAUGUCACCAAGGAAAUCCUAGAGGUCACCAAGAAUGAAAUCCUGCAGAGCGUUUUCUUUGUCUCUCCAGCCAGUAACAUGUGCUUCUUCGCCAAGUGUCCAUACAUGUGCAAGACCGAGUACGCCGUCUGUGGCAACCCCCACCUGCUAGAGGGCUCUCUCUCCGCGUUCCUGCCGUCCCUCAACCUGGCCCCCAGGCUGUCUGUGCCCAAUCCCUGGAUCCGCUCCUACUCGCUGGCCGGAAAAGAGGAGUGGGAGGUCAAUCCUCUGUACUGCGACACAGUGAAGCAGAUUUACCCGUACAACAGCAGCGACCGGUUGCUCAACGUUAUCGACAUGGCCAUCUUCGACUUCCUGAUCGGAAAUAUGGACCGUCACCAUUAUGAGAUGUUCACCAAAUUUGGGGAUGAUGGGUUCCUUAUUCACCUGGACAAUGCCAGAGGGUUUGGGCGACACUCCCAUGACGAAAUCUCCAUCCUCUCGCCUCUCUCCCAGUGCUGCAGGAUAAAAAAGAAAACACUCUUGCACCUGCAGCUGCUGGCCCAAGCUGACUACAGGCUCAGUGACGUGAUGCGGGAGUCACUGCUGGAGGACCAGCUCAGCCCCAUCCUCACAGAGCCCCACCUCCUCGCCCUGGACCGGAGGCUCCAGGUCAUCCUAAGGACCGUGGAGGGGUGCAUAGUGGCCCACGGAGAGCAGAGUGUCGUAGCCAGUGGCCCAGCAGAACAGGCAGCCCCAGACUCUGGCCAGGCUAACCUGACAAGGUAGGGGCUGGACGAGCCCAACUGCAGAAACGACACCUGCAGCCACGGUGGACUCGAGUGUGGACCUCUGCGUCCUCACGUGCCCUGGCCCAAGCUGGAGGCCCUGGGUUGUGAGCUCAGGGAGCAGGUAGGGCAUUGGGACGGUCCUCAAAGAGCCAAAGUGGGACCCUGGCCUGCCUUCCUGGUGCACCGUUUCUCGAGUGGACUGACUGCCCUGGCUCCGCAGACCACCUCCUGAGCCCACUGGGAAAUCUGGAUGAAUCCAAGGUCAGACUUGAAGGGUAUGGAAGCAUUAAUCCCAGAAGAGAGUAUUGUGACAAAUAAAAUAAAAGGACAUCAAGUGGA